AUGGGAAACUCUUAUCCCCUCUCCCUGAGCGAGCAAAAUAAGUGAAAAAAUCCCUAUUUUUGGCCAAAAGCCCACCCUAUUGGAGAACAAAAGUAUUUCGAUAUAUAAAUGAUAGUUAUAAUAAUGAAAUAUCUAGCUAGUUCUGUUGAAUUAAAACAACUUACAUUUUAAAGCAUAAAUUUACAAAUUAAAUUAAUAUUUGGUUUAAAAUUAUUUCGAAUUGGGAUUUUUUAAAUUUCUAAAAAAACAUUUACUAUAAAAUUUUAUUUCAAAAAAUAACCUCAUGAGCGAAUAAAAUAAUUCCUUUCGCUUAAGAAGAGAGGAGUUAUAAAAAUUCACUCAAAGACCUCAACGAUUUUUCGCUCUCCCAAGACUUCUAUAGAUACGCAGCAACACGCUUAGAAUUCUCUAUUUCAUCGGGUUUCCCUUUUAUAAAGUAUUUUAAUGUUUACAGAGUGGAAGAAGAAAAGCAUAAAAUUGCCUCAGUUUCAUUCGAAGAUUUAAAAAUAAUUUAUGAGCAUAUGAUGCAUAUCAAAGUAUUGUCAAAAAUGACUUAUGAAGGCGAAACUCCCGGCCGUGAGGUCGGGUGUCAAAUUUGCUUUGAAAGAUAUGCAAAUGUUAUUUUAGCUUGUGGACAUGCAUUUUGUGAUAUUGACAUUAUUGAUUGAAAAUAGAAAUUUUUAUAAAAUGAUGACCUAAGUGGGCCUGACCUCUUGACGCAAUUUUCUUAACCUCAUAGCCAUGGUGAAUUGGGAAAGGAACCAAUCGAGAUUCAGGCCUGAUUUAUGCUUAUGCCAGCGAUUCAUCUUAUUCAAAAAAUCGAGGCGCGAGCAUCACAAAGUGGAUGAAACCUUAUGGUCGCUGUGAAGCCAAUAUAGUAUAUAGAUAAUUCCUGGGGAUAGCGCGGAAUACGCUAUCCCCAGGACCAACCGGGAUCGGAUUCACACAUGGAACGGGAGUUCCAUGUGUGGAUCCAUUUUUUACAUGUGAGAUAUUUACUUUCACGUGUGAAAAAUGGAUCCACACAUGGAACCCUCGUUCCAUGUGGGAUCCGAUCCCGGUUGGUCCUGGAGAUAGCGUAUUCCGCGCUAUCCCCAGGAAUUUUCUAUAUGUCUAUCUAUAAAUUAAGAUUAAGGUUAAGAUUGAAAACAGAGAAAUCAAAGCUGCCCUAUUUGUAGAAGUGAAUUACAAGUUAAAGAUGUUUAUAUAGAAAUGGAAGAAAAUCAUGAAGAAAUUGUAAACGGAAUUGAGAAUAGUUUACAAGUAAUUUUUUCUAUUUUGGAAAGAAAAGAUUAA